AUGUCUGAUGAAGUCUGCAAUGAUUUGAUGGUUAAUAUUUUUGAAAGGCUACCACUCAAAUCCAUCAUCCGGUUCAGAUCACUCUCCAAAUACUGGCACUCUCGCAUCGCUAGCCAAGAAUUCAUCAGCAAUCACAGCCUUCGAUGCUCUAAAAACCCUCCAAAAGUCCUCAUCAGACACCUCACUUAUUGCGGAAACUAUACAUUUAAAGACAUCUAUACCUCACACUCAGCAGACCAAUUGCCGUUAGAUCCUGCACGACCAGGCUACAUGGGCAUACCAGGAGUUUCGUUCCCCUACCAACAUCGUACAACUGAAAUUGUUGGUUCGUUUAAUGGAAUUAUAUGUCUGUGUGAUGAUAAGGAAAUUAGUCUAUGGAACUUAUCAAUUAGGCGCAGACUAAUCGUGCCAUAUCCUCCUUCAAAAUCCUCGCCUAAUGUACAUGUAACAUUAGGAUUUGGUUUCGAUCCGAUCACAAAUGAUUACAAGAUUGUGAGUAUAUCUUACAACAAAUCAGAAUUAGAUGAAAAUAAUACAUUUAUUUACUCCUUGAAAACAGACUCUUGGAGUACAAUCCCUUCACCAUCCACUCCUUUUUAUUAUGUGAAGUCCAUUGCAUGUUUUUUCCAUGGAAUAUUGCAUUGGGCGGUUAAUGGUUAUUUAACCACCGAACCAACAACCAGACACCGGAGUUCUUUUAUGUUGACAUUCGAUUUUAGUGGUAAUGUUUUUGGCUACAAUUUGUUGCCUCUGGAAGAUGGUUAUUUUUGCAAAGGUGGUCAUGGUUGGCUUCGGGUGAUGAAAGAGUAUGGUAAAACUGAAUCUUGGCCCGAGCUUUGUAAACUGCAAAAGGAGUCAUUGUUGGGGACAAUUUUUUAUAAUCCUCAAACAGGGUCGUAUACAAAACUUCUGGAGUUUGGACCUGAUUGUUACAAAGUUGAGAUGGAUUGCUUGACAAAGAACGCUCGACAACAUGUGGGAAAACCAUAUUCUCUUGGACAAAAAAGGGUGAUGGCAAAAAGAUAA